ACACAAUGUCAAUAAAUAGCAAUUUGUCCAUUGCUGUUGUUUGUUCCUCGAACAUGAAUCGAUCUAUGGAGGCGCACAAUUUCCUGGCCAAAAAAGGUUUCUAUGUACGUUCCUUUGGUACGGGCAACAAUGUCAAAUUACCAGGCAUGUCUUUUGACAAGCCAAAUGUUUACGAGUUUGGAACCAGCUAUGAUUACAUCUACAAUGAUUUGUGUAACAAAGAUAAGCAAUACUAUACACAGAAUGGUUUACUGCACAUGUUGGACCGUAAUCGCCGCAUUAAAAAGUGUCCGGAAAAGUUUCAAGAGACCAAGGAACAAUUUGAUAUUAUAGUGACGGUAGAGGAACGUGUCUAUGAUCAGGUGCUGGAACACAUGGAAUCACGAGAAGUAACAGAUAAUCGUCCUGUACAUGUAUUCAAUGUCGACAUAGAAGAUAAUCACGAAGAGGCCCUAAUGGGUGCUUUUCUAAUAACGGAUAUGAUAACUAUGAUGUCCAAGUCCAGCGAUCUAGACAAUGAUAUUGAUGAGCUAUUACAGGAAUUUGAAUCGAGACGUAAUAAAACUGUACUACAUUCGGUACUAUUCUACUGACUGGUAAUGGUGUUUCAACAGAUCUCUUUAUGAUAAAAAUUA